AUGUCAGACGAGGAAAAAGCAGAAGCCGAAGCAGCAGAGAAGGAAGCAGCAGAGAAGGAAGCAGCAGAAGCAGCAGAAAAGGAAGCAGUGGAGAAGGAAGCAGUGGAGAAGGAAGCAGUGGAGAAGGAAGCAGUGGAGAAGGAAGCAGUGGAGAAGGAAGCAGUGGAGAAGGAAGCAGUGGAGAAGGAAGCAGUGGAGAAGGAAGCAGUGGAGAAGGAAGCAGUGGAGAAGGAAGCAGUGGAGAAGGAAGCAGUGGAGAAGGAAGCAGUGGAGAAGGAAGCAGCAGAAGCAGAAUCAGGUCGCAAGCCUGCUGAAGAAAACGAGGACAAAAAUCAGGAAAACGUUGCGGGAGACAAAUGUGAGAGAGAGCAAGAAGAAUGA